CUUUAUCCUCCCAUCUUUGGCCACCCUAGUACCCUAUUCCUGCUUAUCCGUCAUAUCUUAUAUAAAAAAAAACCCUGUACCGCUUAAGAAAGCUAAAAAUACCCUGACCUGUGCUCUCUCACCCAUGCCUAGCAACCCUUUUAAUGUGAAUUCCUGCAUCCCCAAUUCCCUAAGAUUAAUUCUCAUCAUCUCUCUCUGUAUCCCAUACUUCCUGCAAUUCAGAACUACAUGUUCUACUGACUCCUCUUCCUGACAUUCCUCAUGCAAUACCGUCUGGUGUUUCCCUAUCAUUUUCAAAUGUUUUCUUUAAUGCACAGUGCCCCAGCCUUAACCUAGUCCACACAGUCUCCUCUCUUCCACUACCUAUCCUAGUACCUGCAACACCUUUUUUGUAUUUGAUAUAAAUGCCUCCCUUUCCCCUCCCUGUCCCAUCUUUCUUGCCACAUUUGCCAGGAUCUUUUACACGGGAAUUAGAUCGGCACUGGAGGGAAAGUUUUUUACAAAGUUGCGGGGGAAAAAAGCAAGAGACUGGAUCUGGAGAGUCUGCUCUUGAAAGAGACGGGCAGUUUGGUCUACGAUAUAAAGUCAGUCUAUAACAUAAUGGGUAAAAAUGUCUGGUUGCAAUGUGAACAGCACUGGAAGAGGUAUGGAGGUACGCAGGGUUAAAAUCGCAGAACUCGGAUGGGAAAGACGCUGUCUUGGGGGGCGCUGCCCCUUUAAGUGGAUGGCCCGCGGUUAGGCCCCGCCUUCUCCGUUCGGCUGGCCCCGCCCAUGUCCCUACGCGCUGACGUUACGGGUUGGGAGCCAUGGCUUCCCUGGAUGCUGAGUGUGAGCACAGUGCCACGGCCCAGCCUGCCGCAGAACCAGAGCUUGAGGUGCUGGAAUCGAGUCCUGGCGGAAAAGGAAAUAUAGGGAUCGGUGAAGCUACUGAGCUGCCCUCCAGGAGACUAGGCCAGGCGGCAAACCUUGCAGCCAGUACCAACGGCUCGAUGGGAAACAUUGGCUCACAGCACGGCAGAGAAGUGCCUCACUCCGGGGCUGGCCAGGAGGCAGCUGCGGAGGCCCCUGAGGCAGAAACCGCUGUGGGCUCAGCCAUCCUUGACAGUGAGCUGGGAAACAGAGAGGGACCAUGCACGCCUGCUGACGUCUGCUUGGGCUUGGAGACCAAGUCAUCGGAUACAGGGACCUCAACUCAGCCGCUCCCGAAAGGACAUGCAGCCAAGACCAUCCCUGCCUCCCCCACCAAGGGUCCAGUGACCAAUCGUGCCAAGAUGACGCUGUCCGGGGUCAGCAGGUCUCCCAACUCCAUGCAGAGCCUGGCUAUGAAUCUGCUUAGUGUGCCAAGCGGCCGAGCGGGGGAUGAGGUCGUUCCAGCGCCGCUUCCGGCUCCUGCUGCAUCCCCAGCACCGGGUUCAGUGCCGGUUCCAGUCCCAGCUUCCUUCUCAACUCUGGCACCAGCUCCGACUCAGGAAGAAAAGCCCAGGGUGCACAAGGCGCGGAAGUCAAUCUCCAGGCCCAGCGCCACUCAGAGGGCACCAGCAGAGACGGGGAGCCUGCCUUCCGAGUGUGUGAGCCAGACGCCUGGGGGCAUGGCAGAUGUGGAGUAUGUGGCCCAGCCUCAUGAGGAGAAUCAGGAGGGCCACAGAGCGAGGAAGUCGAUACUGAAAGGCAGCUUCAGUCAGAGCUUGGCGGAGAAGUUGGGGACUCUGCCCACGGAGCGGAUGAGCCAGCCAACUGUGGGACCAGCGGUGGCAGUGCACGCAGCCCUGCCUCAGGACGAGAGCCAAGAGAUCCACAGAGCGAGGAAGUCGAUACUGAAAGGUGGCAUCAGUCAGGCAUUAGCCAUGAAGAUGGCCAGCCAGCCUCUCAGUGAUGUUUCUGAGGAGAUGGAGACCAGCAUUCCAGGUCCCGUGGAAUAUCCGGAAGUUCACAGGGCCAGGAAGUCGGGAAGCACCAGCCAGGGUCUGGCCAGGAGCUUGCCGGGUGAGAGCACCAGCCAGGGCAGCGGCGAAGUCUCCACAGUGUUGGCGGAGAGGCAGGACGCUGCCCAGGCACCAGCUGAGAAACCGAAACUUCACCGGGCCCGGAAGUCCAUGUUCAAGUCCUGCCCUGCCCAGGUACGCCAUGAGGAGUGUAGGGAGAUGUUCGUCUUGUCACACAGUGGAAACGUGGGAAUGGUGAAACUUGUGGAAGUGAAAGACUCAGAUCACAGCAGUCCUUGUCAACAAAGCACUCAGCUGGAGUUUGAGCUGCUGCCUAGCGGAGGGGCUGUCGAAGGUACCCCAGGUGUACAGACAGGACUCAUCAAGAGGCAGAAACCGGAGAGGUUGGGGCCAGAGUCCAUGAAGGGAAACAGCCUCCUGAAGGAAGAAAUGGUCAAGGAAAUCACUCCACUGGGAUCCAUCCGGGGAGGUCAUGGAGCAAGGGUUGACGGCAGCCCAGUGGCCGGUGCUGUGACUCUGGGUUUGGGCGACACACUGAAUAGGGUCCAAGCCCAGGAGGUGAAGGCAGUCACGAGUGGGGCCAGUUCCAUUCCAAUGCUGGACCUCUCCAAGGACGGGGAGACUGAGGACAAGGGAGGGGUUGUGGAAUCCAUGGACGACUGGGACGCAGAGGUCGGCGAUGACUUCAGUCUCUUUUAUGACAGCUACUCUGUGGAUGGGAGAGCAGACUCCGACAAGUCCAGCAAGACCGAGGGUGACAUAGGAGAGGACCGACUUAGUGAUGUAGAAGAUGACGAGGAGGAAUUGGAAGGUUCUGGAAACCUCUCUGACAGGAGCUCCAGCUCUAGUCUGAAGAGAAAAGGGAAGAAGAAGUGGAGGAGUGAGAGCCCUUGGGUGAAACCCAGCCGGAAACGCAGGCGCAAAGACCGUGUGAAGCCAGGGAAAGGAGGAGCAUUGAAUUCAACGGGAGGAGGUAACCAGGCACAGAGCGAGUACACGGAGGUCCCUCUGGGCUCCUUGGAUCUUCCCAAUGACAGCAGCCUUUCUCCACAACCCACAGGGAUAUCCAAUGAUGCCAGCUCCAUGGAGACAGAUAAGUUUGAGGAGCUUCCCCUUUGCAGCUGCCGGAUGGAGGCACCCAAGAUCGACCGCAUAACCGAGCUCUCCAACAACACCUGCAUGGCCACGGAGAGCACAUACGGGCAGCUGAGUGGCUGCAGUAACAGUAUCACCAAGUGUGAGACAAUGCGUCCGUCCAGCCGGGUGCCCCUGAUGGUGCUGUGUGAGGUGCACCGAGCCCGCAUGGUCAAACACCACUGCUGUCCAGGCUGCGGCUACUUCUGUACCACGGGAUCCUUCCUGGAGUGCCACCCUGACUUCCGGAUCACCCACCGCUUCCACAAGAACUGCGUGUCCCAGCUCAAUGGCAUGAUCUUCUGCCCGCACUGUGGCGAGGAUGCUUCCGAGGCCCAGGAGAUCACCGUGGCCAAAGCUGACACCUCCACCAUGGUGCCUGCACCCGCCCCCCGCAGCCAGGACCAUCUGAUGAAUGGCAGAGCAGACACCACACACGCCAGCGCCAGGAUGAGCGGGAAUGGGGAGGCAAAGCGGUCGAGCCUGGAGCCCCCGGUGGACAGCAUCGACAGCUCAGGACCAUCCAUCACCCUGUCCUCCGGCAAAGUGUUGUCGGCUGUCGGACUCCCCCCUGGGCCUGGCCGCGAGGCGCUGGAGAAAGGACUGGCCAUGCAGCAGUCGGAAAGGCGUAAGAAGCUGCGAUUUCAUCCUCGCCAGUUAUACCUGUCGGCCAAGCAAGGCGAGCUGCAGAAGGUGCUGCUGAUGUUGAUCGACGACCAUGAUCCGAACUUCCAGAACGACCAGCACAGCCGGCGGAUGCCACUGCACGCGGCCGCUCAGAAAGGCUACCUAGAGAUCUGUCACAUCCUGCUGCAGGCUGGUGCGAUUGUCGACGUGUGUGACAAACUUCAAAGGACUCCGCUGAUGGAAGCCAUUAUGAACAACCAUUAUGAAGUUGUGAAGUUACUGGCCAAGCACGGGGCAAGCGUGUUUCACAAGGAAUUAGAUGCUUCCUCAUGCCUGCACCAUGCUGCCAAAAAUGGGAGCGUACAGAUGGUGCAGUUCCUGCUGGCGACGGGGCAAGUGGACCUGAACACACAGGAUAGUGGAGGUUGGACUCCAGUCAUUUGGGCAGCUGAGCACAAGCACAUCGAGAUCAUCAAGCUGUUACUGGAUCGAGGAGCAAGUGUCGCCUUGAAGGACAAUGAGGAAAACAUCUGCCUGCACUGGGCAGCCUUUGCUGGUUCAUCAGACAUCGCUGAGGUGCUCCUGAAUGCGCGGUGUGACCUACAGGCAGUGAACAUGCACGGUGACACGCCCUUGCACAUCGCGGCUCGUGAGAAUUUCUACGACUGUGUCAUACUCUUCCUUUCGCGUGGAGCGGACAUUGAGGUGAAGAACCGUGAGGGGGACAGCCCGUUGGACUGCUGUGUCAUCAACUCGCAGGUCUGGUUUGCCCUGCAGCUCAACAAGAGGCUCAAGCAAGGCAUAAUUAAUCGAGCAGUGCGCACCGAGAGGAUCGUCAGUCGGGACAUUGCAAGAGGGUAUGAGAAUGUCCCAAUACCAUGUGUGAACGCAGUGGAUGAGGAGAUGGCUCCAGAGGACUACAAGUAUAUUUCUGAAAACUGUGAGACCUCCACGAUGAAUAUUGACAGGAACAUCACACACCUUCAGCACUGCACCUGUUUGGACGACUGCUCCUCCAGUAACUGUCUCUGUGGACAGCUGAGUAUCCGCUGCUGGUAUGAUAAGGAUGGACGGCUCUUGCAAGAAUUCAACAAGAUCGAACCUCCCCUGAUCUUCGAGUGCAAUCAGGCCUGCUCCUGUUGGAGGUCGUGCAAGAAUCGAGUGGUCCAAAGCGGGAUCAAGGUUCGCUUGCAGCUGUACAGGACCGAGAAGAUGGGCUGGGGUGUGCGCGCACUGCAGGACAUCCCACAAGGAACGUUCAUCUGCGAAUACGUAGGCGAAAUCAUCUCGGACGCAGAGGCCGACGUGCGUGAGGAUGACUCCUACCUCUUUGACCUGGACAACAAGGAUGGGGAGGUGUAUUGCAUCGACGCCCGUUACUAUGGCAACGUCAGCCGAUUCAUCAACCACCUGUGUGAUCCGAACAUCAUUCCUGUCCGUGUAUUCAUGCUGCAUCAGGACCUGCGAUUUCCCAGGAUUGCGUUCUUUAGCAGCCGGGACAUUAGGACGGACGAGGAGCUCGGGUUCGACUACGGCGACCGGUUCUGGGACAUCAAGUGUAAAUACUUCACCUGUCAGUGCGGCUCCGAGAAGUGCAAGCACUCGGCCGAGGCCAUCGCCCUGGAACAGAAUCGGCUGGCCAGGCUCGAGGCCUACCAGGACGCCAUGCCUGAGAGCAGCCUGACUAUGAUGGGGCCCUCGUGAGCCCCUCGCUGUCAUCAGUCACUUCCUCUCCCCCGAACUAUGCAGCAUUAAGAGAACAUUCCUCCACCACCGCCCUCACCUCGCUCCAUACCCUCUCGGAAAUUCUGGGCCAUCACGGAGGAGGCUGGUUAACCUGCCCAGGAGUUAAUACUGUGGGGUGCCACGGUAGUGUAGUGGUUAGUGCAAUGUUAGUACAACUUGGAAUUACGGAGUUGGCAGUUCGAUUCCAGUGUCCUCUGUAAGCGAGUUUGUAUGUUCCUUCCCGUGUGUGCCAGUUUCCUCUGGGUGCCCCCGUUUCGUCCCCCACUCCAAAGAUGUACCGGUUAGUAGGUGAAUUGGUCAUUGUAAAUUCCCCUGUAAUUAGGAUAGCUGGGCGGCGAGUUUCAAAGGGCUAGCAGGGCCUGUUCCACACUGUAUCUCUAAGUAAAUAAAUUAAACUUUCGGUGAAACUUGGCAGGUCAUUCUGCAUCUCUGCAAAUGGAGAAUGGAGUUUUCAGACCAAGACCCAAAUGAGUCCUGAUGAAGGGUCUCAGCCCGGAACUUCCACUCUUUAUUCUUCUCCAUGGAUGCUGCCUGACCUGCUGAGUUCCUCCAACAUUUUGUGUGUGUUGUCUCUGGUUGGAUGUUUUCCUUCCGACACUGAGGUGGGGAGGUUAACCACCUGCGUUAUACCCCAUCAGUGCCAGAAUGUGACCAAUCUCCUUUGCCACAGGGACUGUUAUCAUCCGGGAGAUCGUCAGAUUUGCUGUGUGUCUUAAACUGUCAAUUUUAAAUCUUGCAUUGUGCUGUAGAAACCAGUAUUUAAUGCCAGCCUGUGUGGACUUGAGUCAGGUUGUGGUGCAAAAGGAGGAGAGGAGGGGAAUGUUCUGGGUUCAUCCAUCUGAAAGGGAUGGUGGGCAAAGUGUCGGAGGAGCAUCAGGGACCUGUACGGAGGCACACGAGGGAACCCUGUAGGGGGAGAGUAUGGAGGAGCGUCCUUUAGCACUCCCAGACCCUCGCUGGCUUAAGGCCAUAAUUAGGCCAUUUGGCUGUGUAAUUCUAACAUGGCUGAUUUAUUAUCCCUCUCACCCCGUUCUCUUGCCUUCUCUCAGUAUCUGUGACUAAUCAAAACCUAUUCACCUCCACUUUUGAAUACACCCAAUGAUUUGGCCUCCACGGCCUUCUGUUCCAAUUCCAUAGAUUCACCAACCUCUGGCUAAAGAAAUUCCUUCUCAUCUCUGUUCUAAAUGUAUAUCCCUCUAUUCUGAGGCUGUGCCCUCUGGUCCUACUCUCCCACUAAAUGAAAAUCUUCUCCAUAUCCACUCUAUCUAGGCCUUAUGUCAUUGGAACCUACUGAAUGUGGAACUUCAAUGAGUACAGACUUAGAGCAAUCUUAACACUCCUCGGCAUUAACCCUUUCUUUCCUGGGAUCAUUCCCGUAAACCUCCUCUAGAUAUGGGACCACUUGGAUCUGAUCUGUCUGGCCUUCUGUGUCCUGGGCCCACUUGAGACCAUCACUGCCCUUUUCCUAUAUCCUUGGCUACAGAAAGCUCCUCCUGUUCCUGUCUGUCUCAAACAUCCUCUUGAGAAUGUGGAACUGAUCUGCCUCCUUGAACCACACUGUCCUUCAGAUGAACGUUCCCCACCCCAGUCGUUUGGGAGCGUAAGUGGCAGACUUCCAAAUUAGGAAGGUCAUAGCAACAUAGACCUCAGAAAUAGGCCCUUUGACCCAUCUAUUCUGUGCUGACUUGUGAGGAGAAAGGCAGAUUGUGGCAUUCCCCCCAUUUCAGCGGCCUUGCCCUACUAUGGGAAGGUGACAGUGGAUUUGGAAGGAUGGUACCAAGGGAGAGUCAUACUGUGGGAGGGGUAAUGCGGAGGUAGUUGCCGACAUUUGGUUGGGACGUUAUACUGCCAAUAUUCCCACCACAUUCGUGGAGGAUCAGGCGACAUUUGCAGGAGCACCAGACAAUGAUUAAUUCCCGCUAUCCCAGUCCCAUCGGUGGGAGCACAGAGAAACUGCAGCUGGGAUUACAUUCCCCAGAUGGAACAACAGCACUUGCAGAGGCUGUAAAGUGAAGUGCAAAGUCCCCCUUCUUCCUAGAGAGAAGAACCCAACCCCUUGUCUGUUCAAGGUUAUCUAAAGACAACUCGAGGUCGAGUCUUUUGAGGUGGUUUGAUAUGCAGUUAAUGAUGUCCUUUAAGUUAUUUUCUCUAAUCUUGUAGUAGAUAGAAUUUGGCCUGAAGCCUCAAGAAGUGUGUUCUAACAUUACCCCCCACCCCCCUCACCGCAUACUCUACAGAGGCACAGUGGCCAUUUCCCGAGUCCCAGUUUGUGAUUCAGUUCGGCACAGAUGAGAGCGAGACUGCUGUCUCAUGUAUCGGUAGGGGUCACAGUAUCAGUGUGCCUGAUUGAGACCGGUAAGCAGUUAUAAAGAAAUGUACUAGCUCCAGUAACCUACCCUUCCAAAAAUGAAUUACAUACUUCUUGUCAUUUUUUUAAAAUGUGCUCAUCUGGAUCUGAGGGUUUAAUUUCUGUUCAAAAGUGUUCAUUAAAGAAUCUUAUGCUGUGUUUUUUUUAAUAUAAAAUUGGCUUGCUUAGUUU